ACUUCUUAAAUGGUAAAGCCUUCUUGGCUCAGUUGGCAGAGCGUCUGCCUAGUACUACUAGUUGGUCAGCAGAAGCAAGUACUUAUAAUAAUAUAUUUAAAACAACUUUUAUGAUAAAUGAGUCUCAAUCUAAGGGUCAUAAAAUAGUUGUUUGUAUUGUACGUACAAAACAUGAUGCGGAAAUAAUUUUUUUGGCUUUUCAUGUGACAGGCCAAGAAAGAUUUUUCCGGGCUCCUGAUACACAUGCCGAAAUUUGUGUUAAAAUGGACCAAAUUUUAUUAGAAUAUUUAAGCUUAAUCUCAGCAUUACAAGAACAAUGGAAGCAAAUUAGUACAAAUUUAGGAAGUGUAACUCAUGCAAAAUAUACUAUGGGUCCUCAUAGGUUAAAUCAAAACCAAUAUGAUGGAAGAAUGCAGGCUACUGCUCGAGUGUUGAUUUCUCAAAAAAAAGAUAUCAAUAUGCUUAACACGCCAAAUGAAUUUAUUUGUCAGUAUACUUUGACUAGUCUUGAAGGAAUCGCGGAUAGCCAAGAGGAUAAUGAUUCCCCAUCCCUUCGUCGGCGUGUGAUAAAAAACCCUGAAAAUGAUUUAACAAAGAAACGAUCACAAAGCCGCAGUGAAGAUCCAUUGCGCUGGUUUGGUAUUUUGGUUCCAUCAUCCUUAAGAGAGUCUCAAAGGCACUUCAAACAAAGUCUUUCAGGUAUGAUAAACAUCAUAAACCUUCGUAAUGAAAUUAUCAAUAAGGAAGCGGAAUAUCAAAUGUUAAAAAAAGAGAAAGAAAAGUUUAUGGAAGAGAAUCGAGUGAAGCAUACCAGUUCAGUAGAAAACUAA